CAAUCUCACGAACUCAACUUGGAGAACAAAAAUGUCAGCUAAGAUUAUUCUGAUCAUUGCUGCUUCAAUUGCUCUCAUUUCUUCUAUUUGUGUGUCGUCUUCUGACCCAGGCCUUCUUCAAGAUUUUUGUGUUGCCAAUUUCAACAGUACUGUGGUCGUAAAUGGGUACCCAUGCAAGGACCCGCUCCUGGUCACCUCCGAUGACUUCUUCUUCUCCGGCAUUGACCAGCCGCGAAGCACCGACAACCAGCUGGGCUCCAACAUUACGGUUGUGGGAGUGGAGCGCAUCCCAGGCCUGAACACAAUGGGCCUCAUCAUCUCCCGCAUCGACUACGCGCCCGGCGGCCUCAACCCGCCCCACUACCACCCCCGCUCCUCCGAAGUCUUCACCGUCGUCGAGGGAAACCUCUUCGUCGGCUUCAUCACCACCAACUCCGAUAUGGGCAACACUCUAUACGCCAAGAAGCUGCAGAAGGGCGACGUCUUCGUCUUCCCCCAGGGACUCAUCCACUUCCAGUUCAAUAUCGGCGGCAAAAGGGCUGUGGCGACUGCGGCAUUCGGGAGCCAAAGCCCGGGGCUGAUGACUGUGACGAACGCCCUGUUCGGGUCGAUCCCGCCCGUGCCCGCCGUCAUCCUGGCCAAGGCGUUUCAGCUUAACACGACCACCAUCGAGUGGCUUCAGCAACAAAAUUGGGUCCAAAACUUUAAUUAUAAUUAAUUAAUUUAUACCCAAUAAUAAUAUAUACAUGGAUGGGUUAAAUAAAGUGCUUGAGAUAUUAUGUAUAUGAUGAUGAUCAUCAAGCAUGUAAUGCAAUGCUUAAUUGGGUUUGGGUUUGGGUUUGGGUUUGGGCUUGGGCAGGCUCCCUUAAUUAGACUGUAAAUUAAUUAAGUCAAUUAUGGCAGUGGCAGUAUUUA